UAAUGUUUUGAUGACGUCAGGUGGUGCUGGUGGAGGAGAAGGCAGUGGGUGGGCUGGGCUGUGGUCCUGUUUUCGGCUGCUACCACACCUCAACUCACUUUUAUUACGAUUCUUAAACCUUGAACGGGGACACGGAGAAAAUCCCAGGAUGAGUUAGAGGCUCUGCUUCGUGUGUGCCAGGUAAGAGUUGAUUUUUCUCUCGCUUUUUGACUCCAGUCCAGGCUGGGCUUUGUGUGCUGUGGAGCUAGCUUAGCUCUCAGGCUAACCGCAGCGUCGGUCAGCCGUCUGUCUGCCUGACUGGCGCCUCUGAGUCGCCUGUGGACGGCCAAUAAACCCGCCUGUUAAUGGCCUUGCUAGCAGCUACAGCAAACAAACAAGAGCCCCGCUGGUCGCGUGUUUUUCUGCAUGAACAGACUGUUGUAUUUUAUGAACUAAUAGUUAAUUUCCGUGUAGGCUGUCCUUUAAGUUCAUCCUUUAAUCAGGGGUGUGUGAAAUAAACACUUUGACAAAGACAAACAGAGCACUCUUUGAACUCAUAGUUAAACAUACAGAGGGUAAAUGUCACUAUCCUCGUCUGAUCUGUCCUUUCUCUGCCUCUGUCAGUGCACUGAAACAUGGAGAGCUGCUGUGUCCACGUCCUUCUGCUGCUCCUGCUGCAGACUCUGCACACAUCAGCUGAGGGCUCAGGUACUACUUCACAGUUUUCAGACUGUAAUCCAGCUGCUUGUGCGGUGUGUCCUUCUCUGUUUUCCACGGAAGUAACUAUGCUCACAACAAAAAAGCUAGGGGCUGUAAGAAACUAAAAGAUAGGGGCCAGUACCUGUUAAGGUGUAUCUUUAUAGACUGCAGAUCCAGUUUUUUUUAGCUCCUGAGGAAAAUGGAGAAGUAGACUUUUUCUUAUGUCCUCACCUUUAUUUCACCUUGAUCUAGUGCUGGGCGAUAUGGAAAAAAAUGUAUAUCACGAUAUGGAUCAUUUUAUAUCACGAUAUAGCUAUGGUAUGCUUUCAGUUCUAUGAAAAAUUUAAGUGUAUACAGCUGCACUAGUACAGUACCAGUACAAGACCAGCACUUAAAACUAGAAAAAUGAAUAAACAAAUACGUGGCUGAAGUGCGUUCAUGUCUGUGCUCACCCAAAGUUAUGUAACACUUACAGAAAACGCUGAUAGUGUGAGCCGAAGCACUCCAUAAUAAUAAUAAUAAAUUUAAUUUGUAAUGCACUUUACAUUUACAAAAAAAUCUCAAAGUGCUACAGUACACAGUAAAAAAAGAGCAGCAACAAUAAAAAAAAGCAAUAGAAUGACAGUCACAGAUUAGCAUAAAAAAGAAUUUAAAAAAAUAAAAUAUAUAGAGUUGCAAUGUAAGAGGCAAGGUAGUAAAAGCAUAAAGCAUAGAGGAAAACUAACCAAAGGCUUUAUUAAAAAGGUAGGUCUUUAGGGCUCUUUUGAAGAGGUUGUUCACACUGCUAGAUGUUUCUCCUCCAAAGCUGCUCUCUGCCUCCAUCAUUGUUUACUUUACUCUUGAAGCACGUAGCAAGACCCGAGCAUGAAUCCGAGCGCUUUAUUCGCCUAUCAGGGGCAGACAGGUAAGGUGAUUUGAUUCGCCACAACUCCAGAAAUGAUUGAAAAACUACAGAAUGUCACAAAAUUACGUUUCCUCGCUGCUGGCUUGAAGGGUACAAAUGCGCAGCCGCGCUCCCAGCUGACAGGAAGUCAAACCGCUGUUGUAGUUCUUUUGUGUUGCUAGCGCGGUCAAGAGUGUUUACUCUCACUGAGAGAUGACUACAAAAAUGGACGCACCUGUUCAUCUGGUUGUUAAACACGGCUGAAAAAGAUCAUCUUUUCAUGUUGUUCCCGCUCCUGCCCACUCCCGUUGCUUUUUUUCCCGUCCCGUCCCGAUCAAGAGAUUAAUAAAAAAAAUGACUCCCAUCCCGCGGGAAUCACGUGACCCACGGGAAUUCCCGAAAAAAGUCAUCCUCCACAGGGAAGGUCCCGGAGCAGAUGAAACAGGUGCCGGAGCGGCUGAAAUAGGUCCCAGAUCCGAUCAAAAGAGGUCCCGGAUCACGCUCCGACUUGCUCCGGCACAAAUUGAGCACUGCUUACAAUGAUCCCCUCACGUGUGUAACCCAGGUAACCCGCAACGGCGGGAGGCGCUGGACAUAAAGAGGGCACGUAAAGCGGCGUCAUGUCGCAAAAUCGAAAGAGAAAUGCAAGCCUACAUGUCAACGCAUCCUUUUCUUUGUAAGAAAAUAUUGUUUUCUUUCCCGUUCCACACCAAAUACACUUACUGAAUGUGCAAUUAUUGUUGUUGUUACUAUGAAUCAUCUGAUGGCACAAGCUCUAUGGAUUAAAUACAACCUAUCGCCCGAAACGAUAAGAAUAAAAAUGGCACGAUAGACAUUUUCUAUCGUGCCAACGAUAUAUAUCGUCCAAUCGCCCAGCACUACCUUGAUCCCUCCUUACUGUCAAAAAAGUGCUACUGUCGCCCUUAUUUCAUUCCUCUGCAGCAAAGCUAAAGUGAGAGUUGUUCUCAAAGGUUUCCCUUAAAUGCACCGUAACACUGAGUCAGACACCCCCUCGAGAGAUUAAUGUUGCCAACCGCUUGCUUCUCUAGUUAUACCAACUUUAGUAAUGACUGCACGAUAGCAAUACACAGCGGUCUGAGGAGCCAUAAACAGACCUCAACCGAAACACCACUCUAUAGCCACAAAUAAUGUUCAGAACUUCAUCAACAGUACAUAUAGGGUCCUAGUCACAGCACUAGCCACCAAACAUCUUUUUAGCUUUGCCUAAUUUUGCACAGAGACUAAACACAGCUCACCUACUCUCUUCCAGCAGCCGCUUGUUUAUACAGAGACCGGGGUGACGCAGCUCAAGGAAGAACAUUUAUGAUCAUUACUUUAUCGUUGUGCGGUAGUUCUUCUGCCUCAGCGACUAUGUCUAAUUGCAUUUCCAUAAAGUAAUAAUCCUAAGUGUUCUUCCUUGAGCUGCGUCACCCCGGUCUCGGUACAAACAAGCGGCUGCUGGAAGAGAGUAGGUGAGUUGUGUUUAGUCUCUUUGCUUAGGAAAGUAGGCAAAGCUAAAAAGAUGUUUGCUGGUCAGUGCUGUGGCUAGGGCCCUAUAUGUACUGUUGGUGAAGUUAGGUGCUGUUCUGAUCAUUAUUUGUGGCUAUAAAGUGGCGUUUUGGUUGAGGUUUGAGGUAUAUGGCUCCUCAGACCGCUGUGUAUUGCUAUCGUGCGGUCGUUACUAAAGUUGGUAUAACUAGAGAAGCAAGCGGUCGGCAACUUUCAUCUCUCGAGGGGGCAUCUAACUUGGUGUUACGGCUUGUUUCUAAAUUAAUUUUUCGCCGGAAUGCUUCUGUGCAGUUUGAAACAGCCCCUAUCAUCUCUUCCACAGAUGGACAUUUAGUGUGCCUGUGUGAUACCCCCAAAUGCCAGGACACCCAGUGCCAUGGCUCUCGCUGCUUUUCCUCGGUCAAAGUGGGCAGCAGCGGAGUGGAGUUUGAGCGAGGUUGCCUUGAGGAGUCUGAGAAAAUCCGUCUGCAUUGCUACACGGCUCCAUCCUUCCACCAAGCCAUUUCCUGCUGCUCCCAAGACAUGUGCAAUGGCAACACUAGCGGGAGCUGGCUGAUGUCUCUGCUUUUAAAAGGUGGGCAGAAGAUCAUAUUACAAGAAUAAUAAUCAUGUCAACCAACUCAAAACUAAAACUAGUAUUUUCCAUUUGUCUUUGCUGGCAGCCCCGGAAGGAGAGCCAGUUCGGUAUCGUGUGGAAACCUUGGCUCUCUUCGUGCUGGGUCCAGUGGUGGUUCUGGGUUUGCUGUCCAUAGUGUCAGUAUUGGCCUGCAGGAGGCUCCACCAUGGGCGUCUGCAGAGGCUGCAGGAGUUCGACACAGAGCAGGGAGCCAUCGACGGCCUCAUCACCUCUAACGUGGGGGACAGCACUUUAGCAGUAAGAACAGAAGCUCUUGUUGUAAGAUGGACGAAUACCAGAUACCAGCUGAUGUUGAAGUACAGCAGCCUGAUGGUGCUCAUCUAAACAUUAUGACUCAUCUGAUCUCUGUAUCUGUCUGCAGGACCUGUUGGACCACUCGUGCACAUCAGGCAGCGGUUCAGGUCUUCCCUUCCUCGUCCAGAGAACCGUGGCCAGACAGAUCAGCCUGAUGGAGUGUGUAGGUAGGUGUCACGUCAGGUGGAUUCAGGUCUCGAGAGAACUUCAUACACGCUUGACAGAAAAAUUGCACCCUGCAUUUUUGUAUUUUGUUUCAGUCUUCUUUUGAAUUUCGAGGAUCUUAUCGAAAGUUAUGACCCAUGUCUUGCACUGUUGAUGGAAGGUUUACUCAUUACCAUGGCAACACUUGAAAUAAAACUGUACAGGGUCACUUCCCUCUCCUCCCUGUGUUUGUUGUUUUUGCAUCAAAACACAGACAAAUUUCUUGCAUCUAUUUGACUUGAUUGGCAACAAAUCUGAUUCUUAUUCUGAGAUGCCUUUGUAUCACAUUACGCACCAUAAUGAACAGUUUAUUUUCUCAUUUCCGAACUGGAAAAUGUGGCGUGAUGUUGCCUUUUUCUGCUGAUGAGGAAACACUUGACCGGGGUCAGAUAGUGAACAGACUCAAAAGCUCCUCUAGCUGCAGUGAAACUCAAAGCCAGUCUGAAUCUUACCCCUUUCUUUUGUGACUUUCUGUUUGAAAUGAUCUCUGAACUUUCCACCUCCUUUUUUCUUCAGGGAAGGGAAGGUAUGGGGAGGUGUGGAGAGGCCAGUGGCAGGGGGAGAACGUCGCUGUCAAAAUCUUCUCCUCCAGAGACGAGAAGUCCUGGUUCAGAGAGACCGAGAUCUACAACACAGUGCUGCUGAGACACGAAAACAUUCUCGGUGAGUCACAAAAAGCUUUAAAACCCGCUUUUCUUUGUGCCUCAUGACUCACUGUGACGCUUUUCAUACCAAGAAUAAAACUGAGGUGGCGACACUCGAGUCUGGUUGGUCACGUUGCGCCAUCUCUGCCCUCCAGGUUUCAUGGCGUCCGACAUGACUUCUCGCAACUCCAGCACCCAGCUGUGGCUCAUCACACAUUACCAUGAGAACGGCUCUCUCUACGACUACCUGCAGCGGGUUGCCGUGGAGACGUCAGAGGGCCUGGCGAUGGCUGCAUCAAUAGCAUGCGGCCUGGUGCAUCUGCACACGGAGAUCUUCGGCACAGAGGGGAAACCGGCCAUCGCUCACCGGGAUCUGAAGAGCAAAAACAUUCUGGUGACAAAGGAGCUGCGCUGCUGCAUCGCAGACCUGGGUUAGUCGGUCGUCAGGUCUUCUACUGUCAUCUUUUUCCUUUUCUUCUUGGGUUAGAAACAGUGAAAUCACCGGGAGGGGGACAUUUAUGGAUAUUUUCAUAGUUUAAAACCAGCUUUGUGCCUUCUCUUGAGUUGUGUCACUUUUUUCUGGCUUAUAUUCAUAAGGUUUCUUGCUCAAGUGUUUAAAUCCCCUCUUUUGAAAGCCUGGCUAAACCAUUCACUGAAACUGCACGUUGCAGGGCUGGCCGUGACUCACUCUCAGGCAGACAACCUGCUGGAUGUGGGGAACAAUCCGAAGGUUGGCACCAAGCGUUACAUGGCACCAGAAGUGCUGGAUGAAACCAUUCAGACAGACUGCUUCGAUGCCUACAAGCGAGUGGACAUCUGGGCCUUCGGGCUGGUGCUGUGGGAGAUAGCACGACGCACUUACAGCAACGGUAGGCGCAGAGAACAUCAAGCUAGAAGCUCGAAACAUCUCACGAGGAGAAGAAAUAACUCACCACAAGGUCAUACUUUAGUUCCAGCUCUGCGCUCUAACUCCUCAUCUCUCUUUUGCUGCAGGAAUCGUCGAGGAGUACAAGCCUCCAUAUUACGAUCAGGUGCCAAAUGAUCCCAGCUUCGAGGACAUGAGGAAGGUCGUGUGCGUGGAGCAGCAGAGGCCUUUCAUCCCCAAUCGCUGGUUCUCAGAUCCGGUGAGUAUUUGUUUUAUGCUCGACUGCGUUUCAUUCAGUGGAAGGACUAGUCGUUCACAUUAAAACUGUUUGCAGUGUCUGUUGACUUACCAGUGUGUUAUGGUUGUUAAAGACUUGUGUUUGUUUUGGAGGCUGCGUUUGUUCACAGCCUAGAGUUGAAAAGAGACCACAAGAUGAGCCAGUUUUUUUUAAACCUUGAAAAGCACAUUUUGACUUUGAUCAGCCAUCAUAUAUUUUACACCUUUAUUAAGAGAUACAUGAGAAAAUAGAAAUCAGAUGUCUUCAAAAUGAUGGUUGAAUUAAAGGUACAAUCAGCAAUAACAGGGUAUCCACGGGUAUCCCUAGUAAUGCAAUGAGUCCAAAUUUUGGCCAGUAAAAGGUAACAAACACAUUUUGACUUUGUAGUAAAUUUUCAUCACCCCUUUAGUAAAUUAAGACUUUUCCAUUGAUGCUGAAUUUCUAUUUUAAAUUCAUUUAAUUUGAGAAAUAUUUAAAAAGAAAAAUAUGUGUGAGCAGGACGGCAGGAUCUGGGUCGGCUGUGACAGCCAAUCAGUGAUCCUGACGACAUUUGCUGCCCCGUACAGCCUGUACUCGAUAGGUUACGCUGCCCCCAUCUAUUGUGCGCAUAGCGAGACAGAAAAUAAUAGAGAACCGCUGGACUAGACAAAGAAUCCACCUUUCACCUGCAGCAGUGUGCACCUACCCCCACAAAAAAAGCCCGCUGCUUGAUGUAAUAUUAGUAGUAAAAAGAUAGUAAAAAGGUUUUUUUUUUUAAGUUUUUUUUUUUUUUUACAUAUAGAAUAAUAAUAAUAAUAAUAAAAAAGUAAAGACUACAACAACAAAUUAAACUCUAGGAUUCCUGUCUUAACCCUAUAUAGGAAAAAUAAAUAAUAGAUUUCUUUGAUUUGAUCACAAAUCAUGUGGAACCAUCACAAGAAUACCUUCUGAUGGUUAAGACCUAUUUACUAAUCAAACCUGAGUCUCUGUCUGAUGAGUUUUACAAGUGUCUGUUUUACUGAAGUCAUUCUGGAGCUUCUUAACCAUCAGACGUCUACAGCUUUUCCAAAGUUUCAGUUUUAGGUGUUUUCACAGCAGAGCUCUGGAGGUGCCAGACUAAAGUGUAGCAAACAUAGUGUUGGUAAAAAUAAAAAUGCACUGAUAUGGAUGUAGCCCAACAGAUAUGACUCACCUGCUGCAAAAACAGCAUGUUUUCUAAAAUGUCGAGAUCAAGCAUGAAUUUUGUUUUUGGAGCACAGCUGAAAGUCUUCAUGAGUUUGAACAGAUGGUGGUACAAAUCCAAAACCUUCUGAAUAAACCGACUCAUAAGGGAAUAACGCGUCAGUGAUGCUGAUAGCCAUUCUCAGCUGGUAACCAUGACAUCUUUGGCUCCUGCAGAUGGAGGUUCCUCCCUCUUUGUUUUUUUUUUUUUAUAUUUACAUGACUCUCUUGUCUCCGUCAGACUCUCUCUGCUCUGGUGAAACUCAUGAAGGAGUGUUGGUACCAGAACCCCUCUGCCAGACUAACAGCACUGCGCAUCAAGAAAACCCUGGACAAGAUCCACAGCUCUCUGGAGAAAGGCAAAGAGUCGUGAGGGGCGGCUGCUGAAAUAACAGACCGGUAUCAGCUACGAGAAGAGACCUAUGUUUUUUUUCAACAACAACAGAAAGACAUCGGGGACCCACAGAGUUGUUUGAGUAUCAUCCAGCCUCAUUUUUCUCUUUGCUCUCUUCAAUUUCUCUGUGGUUGCCUUCCACUGACAUCGUUCUCUUGACUUUAAAUCCAUGCAGACGUUUGGAUCUGUCGCGUCUGAAAAAAAGCCAGCCUUUAAAAACAGGACAAAAAAAACAAAGUGCUCGCACUGACCUGACCUGAACCGCCGACUGUUACUGAGCGUGAACAACAUGGACUGCAUACUGUAGAACCCCAUCCUGAUGCUUUAAGUCCAUAUAUGACUGAUCUCACACACACACACACACACCAAACACUACAUACCAAGUCCACUACAGGACAAUUACUGAUUCCAAACACUGCUACACUACACCAACAUGCUGACUCACAAAAGGAAAAGAGCCAAUAGAAUCAAACCUGUUUUUAAACUUUUUAAAUAAUUAUAUUUAUGCAUUGAAUCCAAUGCUACAACACUACUGAGGAGGUGCAAGACUGAAGCAAAGACAGUGUGUGAAACUGACUGUAAACAUACUAUAUAAGCAUUUACUCUCUUGGACUCUGUACCCAUGUUUGUCACUGGUAGGAAAUGAUUGGUCAAGUAGGAAAAGAGGCGGGAUCUUUGUUCCUGAUGAGCUCAUAGGACGAAAAUAAGACAAAGUAAGUAUCUGCCAAUAAGAGUUAGUAUGUAUCUUAUAAUAAGACCUGAUGUGUGAAGUGAACUGAUCCUCUCUGCCUGACACUCUACACACACACACACACACACACUCACUGUGGCUCAUUUUAAAGACGUCUUCUGUGCAGGCAGAGGGGAGUCACGAAAGGCUCGUUUGUGGCAGAGCGGACAUAAUUCCCCCGAACUCCAUUUACGCCUCAUCUCCCAUCAUGCCACAUUGUACAAGUUGCCUAAACAACAACAACUAAACGAUUCAUCUGCAGUCUUUCUAUUCAAGUUUCAUUUUUUCAAUCGACAAAGUUGCCUAGGUGUGUGCAGUUGAAGACGAGUUUGUUCACAAAUGCUGGGUUUGUUUUGGAAAAAAAUAAAGUUGCUCUGUCUUUUUUAUAUGUAAUUAAACAAUUACUGCACUCCUGCUGAACUGUAGCUGGUGUGUAUUAUAAUUUCCAAAAAGA